GACGAUCUGAGGAAAGAAGAUUUCAGCACCAUGAGCGCUCAGCUGCUCUACAAGAUGAUCAAGUCAAAAACAGAGUAUCCGCUCCACAAAGCCAUCAAGGUGGAGCGGGAAGACGUCGUCUUUCUCUAUCUCAUCGAGAUGGACUCGCAGCUGCCCGGGAAGCUGAAUGAACUGGACAAUAACGGGGACCUGGCGCUGGACCUGGCGCUGGCUCGUAAACUGGAAAGCAUCGCCACCACGCUGGUGAACAGCAAAGCGGACGUGGACAUGGUGGACCAGAGCGGCUGGAGCCUCCUGCACAAAGCCAUCCAGAGAG